CGCUGCCAUAGGGUCAGGAUUAAGCGCGAUCUUUGAUAACCUACACGAGCAGCACAGAAGAAGGAAGUAUUCAAAAAGAGAAGGCAAACGACUGGUUAAGUGCGAAUUGUGAAGGGGACAAGAGAAGAGAGAAGCGGAGAGAGAUGCUUUCGCGGACGGAAGAUUCGCCUUUGUAUACGGUCUAUCUACGAUUCCCGUUUCCGAGAGAAGGAUUCGUCGAGCCCAGUCCGGUGGACUGGAAUGCCGAGAAAGAACAAGAACUGUGGACGAUUCUCUCGCGGUCCAACAAACGCGCGGAAAUCAAAUGGCCUCAACUAGCUGAAUACUUUAAAGCCUCGAUCCCGUUUCUCCUGCAACAAGCUGCGUGGCUGUAUGAGCGCGAGCUGCAGCAGGUGAGGGAGGAGAUGCAGCGCGUUACUGCGCACAGUGCGUUGUUUCUUGAUCAAUCUACACAGUCACUACAUUCUCGCGAAGGAGGAGCUACGCUGACGUCAGACGACGUGAGGCGAGUACAAGGGUCAGCAGUAAACAGAACAUACACAGAUCGGUACAGCGACGAAACACGGUCUAUUGAUUCGCGACAUUCAGGCGAGGAUCGCAAGGAGGAGUAUCAGCAGCAGCAAAACAAGAUGAAGCAACAACACCAGCAACAACUACACCAACAGCAGCAGCAGCAGCAACCACUCCAAGACCCGCUCUACGACCGACGACAGCAUUCCCGAACUGCGUAUAUCCAAUCUAGCUUCAAUCGCCAACCCACCCCCACGCAGCGGCAACGCGCCUCCCCGCAACUCUCCUCGGCGUACAACCCCCCGCCCCCGCCGCCCGGCGCGUCCUACAACCCCGAGACGGGGCAGCCGAUCUACCGCGACGCCUCGUCGUCGUCCAAGACCGCGCAGAAUAGCACGGGGAGCUCGUUUAGCGACUUGUCGGACGCGAGCAUGAGUCGCUCGGCGCUCGAAGAGGCGCUGUUGAGUGAUAUUAAUAGGAACGGGGGAGGUUCAGGGGCGGGCGCGGCAGGUGGCGGGGGGGUGAGUAAGAUGUCGAUGAUCUCGGGGGUGUUGAGAAGUCGAUACUUUGAUCCUCGGUAGGAGAAGAGAUAAUUA